GCCCAGAACACACGAGGGGCGGAGCUACGCACGGUCCGUGCACGGCGUGAGGAGAAUAUACGAAGUGUUCACGGGAAUCAGUGCGAAGGAAAGCGCCCUGUUUUUUGUUGUUAAGUGCUCAUAUCUGCGAUCUUCCGUCAUGUAUGUGGACUUUGAGAAGCUGCGGAUGAGCGGCGCGGGAAAAGCCAUCGCGGUCCUGACGAGCGGCGGUGACGCGCAGGGUAUGAACGCGGUCGUCCGCGCUGUAACACGGAUGGGCAUUUACAUAGGAGCUAAAGUCUACCUGAUUUAUGAGGGUUAUCAAGGACUGGUGGAUGGAGGAGAUCACAUCAAACUCGCCAACUGGCAGAGCGUCACCAACAUCAUUCAGCUGGGUGGCACCAUCAUCGGCAGCGCUCGCUGUAAAGCCUUCACCACACGUGAGGGCCGUCUCUCCGCGGCGUUUCACCUGCUCCAGCGCGGCAUCACUAACCUGUGUGUGUGCGGCGGAGACGGCAGCCUCACCGGAGCCAACAUCUUCCGCAGCGAGUGGAGCGACCUGCUGGCUGAACUCGUGCAGCAAGGCCGGAUCACGGACUCUCUGGCGCAGCAGCACACUCAUCUGAACAUCGUGGGUCUGGUGGGAUCCAUCGAUAAUGAUUUCUGUGGAACCGACAUGACGAUCGGAGCUGAUUCUGCUCUGCAUCGCAUCAUGGAAGUUAUUGAUGCAAUCAGCACCACGGCACAAAGUCAUCAGAGGACGUUUGUGCUGGAGGUGAUGGGACGCCACUGUGGGUAUCUGGCGGUGGUUUCCGCUCUGGCGUGCGGUGCUGACUGGGUCUUCAUCCCCGAGGCUCCACCGGAGGACGGAUGGGAGGAUCACAUGUGCGCUCGACUCGGAGAGGUCCGCAGUAAAGGUUCUCGUCUGAACAUCGUGAUCAUCGCAGAAGGAGCCAUCGACAAACACGGCCAGCUGAUCUCCUCCAACUACGUCAAAGAUCUGAUCGUGCAGCGGUUGGGUUACGACACACGGGUCACUGUCCUGGGUCACGUUCAGAGAGGAGGAACACCGUCCGCCUUCGAUCGAGUCCUGAGCAGUAAGAUGGGUGUGGAGGCCGUGGUGGCUCUGCUGGACGCGACUCCGGAGACGUCUGCGUGUGUCAUCGGUCUGUCUGGGAAUCACGCCAUGCGUCUGCCGCUCAUGGAGUGUGUGAUCAUGACGAAAGAGGUCCAGACAGCCAUGAAUGAGAAGAGGUUUGAAGAAGCCAUUCAGCUGCGUGGAAAGAGUUUUGAGAACAACUGGAACACGUACAAACUCUUAGCUCAUCAGAAACCAGCUCUGUCUAAGAGUAAUUACUCUAUGGCUAUCCUGAACGUCGGCGCUCCGGCCGCAGGGAUGAACGCUGCUGUGAGAUCCGCAGUUCGAGUGGGACUCGCUCAGGGUCACAGGGUUUACACUGUCCACGACGGCUUCGAGGGUCUGGCCAAAGACGAGGUGACUGAGGUUCACUGGCAUGAUGUGGCUGGAUGGACGGGGCAGGGAGGAUCACUGCUGGGCACCAAACGAACUCUUCCCAACUCCUGCAUGGAGGACAUCGUGGCCAAUAUCAGCAAAUACAACAUCCAGUCGCUGCUGGUGAUUGGUGGAUUUGAGGCGUAUGAAGGGGUUCUUCAGCUAGUAGUGGCUCGAGGACGCUAUGAUGAACUGUGCAUCGCCAUGUGUGUGAUUCCCGCCACCAUCAGCAACAACGUGCCGGGCACAGACUUCAGUUUGGGAGCAGACACGGCUGUGAACGCCGCGAUGGAGAGCUGUGAUAGAAUCAAGCAGUCUGCGUCUGGAACCAAACGCCGCGUCUUCAUCGUGGAGACCAUGGGAGGAUACUGCGGUUACCUAGCAACCACCACCGGCAUCGCCGUGGGAGCAGACGCCGUCUACAUCUAUGAGGAGCCGUUCAGCAUCCACGAGCUGGAGACAAACGUGGAGCAUCUGACGGAGAAGAUGAAGAAGGAUAUUCAGAGAGGACUAGUGUUGAGGAAUGAGAAGUGUCACGAGCACUACACCACUGACUUCAUCUACAAUCUGUACUCCGCUGAGGGCAAGGGCGUCUUCGACUGCAGGGUCAAUGUUCUGGGUCACCUGCAGCAGGGCGGUGUUCCCACUCCGUUCGAUAGGAAUUUUGGCACUAAACUGGGAGUGAAGUCAGUUCUGUGGCUCACAGAGAAGAUGAAUAACACGCACAGACAUGGCCGUGUGUUUGCGAAUGCUCCAGAUACGGCUUGCGUGAUCGGCAUGAAGAAGAAAGUGAUGUCGUUCAGUCCCGUCACCGAACUCAAAGCACACACCGACUUUGAACACCGGAUGCCGCAGAAGCAGUGGUGGCUCAAUCUGCGGCCCAUGCUCAAGAUGUUGGCCAAAUAUCAGACCAGUUUUGGCGAGUAUGUGACCGGAGAGAUCGAACACGUGACGCGCCACACACUGAGCAAGGAGACCGGAUUCUGAGCGGCUGCUCACUCCAUCAUCAUCAUCAUCAUCAUCGCCUCUGAGCCAAUCAAUCCUGUCAUAACUCAUAACUGCAUUUAUAUGCUGCAUAUAACACGUUAUUAACAGAACAUCAGUGUUUAUGAACUAUGUUCAUCAGCCGUCUGCUGUGCCUCUUAUAAUAUUUCCUCCUCAUAUCUGAGUCUUUAUUAUUUCAACAGUUGUGCAUGUUUGUGUAAAGACGAAAUAGUGAAUUGUGUUUCUGUAUAAUCUGGGUUUUCUGGUUUUUGGACACAAUCUUUUCCUCUUUCUGUUGUGCUGAUUAUUUUUUUGGGCUGAUGUUUGAAGCGCUGUUUCUCUGGUGUUUGAGUAUAAUCUUGUUUUUUCUAAUUCUUUGGCUGUUGUUUGUUUCUUUAAUCCAGAAUCCUUGAUUUGUUUGAGUGUCUGCUGUUGAAUUAUUACUGAAUUAUUGUGCUCUUCUCAGUUCUCUUCUCUUCUCCUCUGAUCUGUAGAAAUACUUCAUGCCAUGUUUACUGACCAAUGUGUUAAAUUUGGAUGUCUCAACUUUUAAAGAUGCUCUUUUGUGAUUAAACCUGACAAAAUAAAUAGAGAUAUUUUCUGAUUAACAAAAAAAAAAAAU